GUGAAUAUGUCGAAAUAUGUGUUUGGGGCUCCCGGUCCUGGUCUUUUAAUCAGUGCGGCCUGGUUCCUCCUUCGGUUUUCAAGGGCCUUAGGGAGAUGCAGGACGGCCCAGCGGAAAGGGCACCGGACGAAGUAGAGGCUAAAGCUGCCCUGGUGCCUGCAGAGGUCCCAGCCUGGUGCUCAAAGGCAUGGCCUACACUGAGACCAAGGCCACCCGGUCCCUCACGCCCCAGGGGUUCAGCUGGUGGGACCUCGCCGACCACCUCCCAUCCGGCCGCCGGGAUACCAUCGCUUCCCUCGGAUUCCGACGCUGCGUCCUCCCCGCCCCAACUCCGCGCCCCGGCACCCCUCCCCUUCCUCCUGCCGACACGGCGGCCGGGCUUUCCCGCCUCCCGGCCCCGAAUCCAAUCCCGGUUUCCCCGCCCCGCCCCCAGCUCUCGGCUGGGCCGCCCCGCGCGCCGUCACCGCCGCCGUCACCGCGCGUCGGCAGCAGCCCGCGCGCGCCCGGCCACGGGGCUCGGCUCCGGUGCGCGGCUCCGGCCGGGUAGGCGGGAGGGAGCCGAGGACAAUGCGCCCCGCGCCCGGCGCCCCCCGCGCGGCCCCGCCCCCCGCCCGGCUGCAGCCCCGGUUCCCGCGCGGCCGGAGCGGCUCGGGCAGCAGCAGCGGCGGCAGCGGCGGCGACACCGGCAGCGGCAGCGGCAGCAGCAGCAGCAGCGCGGGCGCCGAGCGGGAGGACGACGACGAGAGCGCCAGCAUCAGCAGGCCGCUGGUGCCCGCCGGGACCCCGGGGAGCGCCGCCGCCUCCUGCGCCUCCACGCCCACCUCCCCGCGUAGCAUGACCGCCGCCGACCUGGGCGCGGGCGCCGUCGCCGGGGCCGUCGGGGGCGCGGGCGGCGCCAGCCCCGGCCCCUCCUGCCGUUCGUGUUGCUGCUGCUGCGGUCGCCGGGCUCGGCCGGGCCGCGGCGGUGGGCGCCGUGGCUGUGCCCCCGGCCCGGGCUGCCGCUGGGGCUACCAGGCGCUGUCCGUGGCGCUGCUGCUGGCGCAGGGCGGCCUGCUGGACGUGUACCUCAUCGCUGUCACCGACCUGUACUGGUGCUCCUGGGUCGCCACCGACCUGGUGGUCGCGGCGGGCUGGGCCAUCUUCUUCGCCAAGAACAGCCGGGGCCGUCGGGGCGCCGCGCACACCCACCACCCGCACCACCCGCACGCCGCGCCCCUGCACCUGCCCGCCGCCCCCGCCGCCGCUGCCGGGGCUGCGGGAGCCAAGGCCAUCGCCUUCACGCCCAAGGUGGUGCUCAUCCUGGGCACGUCCAUCCUGGACCUCAUCGAGCUGCGCGCGCCCUUCGGCACCACGGGCUUCCGCCUCACCCUGGCGCUGUCGGCGCCGCUGCUCUACUGCCUGGUGCGGGCCAUCGGCGAGGCGGGCGCCACCCCCGGCUCCGCGGGCCCCCUGCUCCUGCAGCCCCAGCGGCACCGCGCCGCCGGCUGCUUCCUGGGCACGUGCCUGGACCUGCUGGACAGCUCCGCCCUGGUGGAGCUGAUGCUGGACGGCCGCGCGCCGCUGCCCGCGCACCUGCGCUACCUGCUCCUCGCCGCCUACUUCCUCGCGCUCGCCUCGCCGGUGCUCUGGCUCCACGAGCUCCACGCCGCUGCCGCCUCGCCCCGGGGCCGGGCCUCGCGGCCGGGAGGCUGCAGCCGCCUGCUGCGCCUGCUGGGCGGCUGCCUCGUGGACGUACCCUUGCUGGCGCUGCGCUGCCUGCUGGCCGUGAGCUACCAGCAACCGCUCUCCGUCUUCAUGCUCAAGAACCUCUUCUUCCUCGGCUGCCGCGGCCUGGAGGCCCUAGAGGGCUGCUGGGACAGGGAGACCCCGGCGUCCCCGAGUCGGGCUCGGGCAGGCUACGGCGCUCCGCCCUCCGCCCCGUUGGUGCCGGGAGCCCCCCAGCUGGGCCACUGCGUCUUGGAGGAUGAGGGGGGCGCCCACGGCUACGUCAACACCCUGGCUGUGGCUUCCCAAAACUGAGGGGUCUGGGGGCUUGCUCUGGAGUUGGGAGACCCCGCUCCCUGUCCUGCGACCUUCCCUCACCCAGACUGGAUCAGCCUCUGUUUGGGGGAGGUAACUGUAAACAGGGCUGAGAGCCAGCGCGCCCCUCUGAACCCCUUGGGUCAAGACUGCUUGGAAGGAGCCAGCCGCUAAAGAGAGGGAGGAGGGUCGCCGGCUCUCUUCUCUCAACGCCCUUCCCCAAUCCUUCCCUCCAGGGGCGGGGCACCUCUGCUUCUUGCUUCUCCCACCUCCUCUGAUUCCUCUCCCUUGCGGGGCAGAAUGGAGGAAAGGGGGGCCCAGGGCCUUCGGCCACCCCCCUUGCUUGGACGUGCCAGCUUCUUUUAGGCUGUGGUUAGUGGUCCUUGACCCACAUCUUGAAAUGACCCAGAAUCCCAUGCUCCCCUGAUGUGUCCAUUGCAUUUCUUCCAGAUGGUAGAUGCAAAGUCUGUGUGUGUGUGUGUGUGUGUGUGCGCACAUGCGUGCGCAUUCACGCGUGUGUUGUUUCCAACCUGUGCCCCUCACAAUCAGUAGGAGAUCUGGGGAGGCCCGGUCCUCCCCACCACACACUCCUCAUUCCUACCUGAAUCUGUGGCCAUGAAUUCCCAGACAGAGUUGGGCUCCUGGGGGCUGCCCAGUGGCCCUCCUCCGAGGGAGAAGCUCACCCAGGAUCUUCCUCAAUGCCACUCCUUUCCUCUCAGCUGGGGGGAGGGGAGGGUCCAUACUCUAAGGACCAAACUACACCUUUUCUUGGGUGUUACUACCUCCGUGCUUUCCACUUGCAUCACAUCACACACUGGUGCUGCUUGCAAAGCAUAAGGACAAAUACCCAGAUGCCACAUUCAACGUGGCCACUGGGUCCAGCUGGGCUUCGGUGCCAGUGUUGUUACAGGGUCUGCGGAGGGUCAGCCAUUGGCUGCCCUCCCUCUCUCCCUCCAAAUGUGCCCAUGACUCCUAUCCUUCCUGCAGCUGGUUGCUGGCUGGGUCAGAUCUUGGCUCAGAACAGCUUUGGUGGGGUUUCUGGAUAGAAAACCAUGUGAGCUGGGCCUCCCAUGGGCCCACAGGAGUAGGAAAUCCACCUCCCCACCUGUCCUUCCUUUAGGAAGCAUGGUAUACAUGAGAAAGGGCGGUGGUGACCGUUGUCCUCUGCUCUGGUCACGGGAGCCUCUAGGGAAAAGCAGGCUGCGUGGAGUAGGGUGGCUAAGCCCCACCCGGCCCAGCCUCCCUCCCUAGUGACAGGUCACAUCCAGGGGCUGCCCACGUACAGUCUUGAUGUAGGACCUCUCUCGGCAUCUUUGAGGCAGGAUGAGUAUUCUGGGGGGAGGUCAGAGUGCAGGAAGAGUUGAGAGCCAGGCCAGGGGCACCUACUCCCCUCCACCCUGCGGGAGGAUGGGGCUGGGGGAGGUUGUAGGAAUCUGUUUCCCUCCCUCCUUGUGCCUGGGGAGCUCUGUGUGGCGUAAUAAACUCUGGACACAGGGUCAGAGGUCAUGGGUUGUGGCUUUUACUCCGUCACCCACUAGCUUCAGUGACACAUGACUUUCGCUUUCUGGGCCUCCGUUUUGCACUUGGGGCUCCUCUCUCUCAAUUUCUUGGGGGCUGUUGACAGAAGACACACACAGACGGGGCUGAUGGCCUGAGCCUCCCUGCUCUCAUGGGUGGCGGUGCGGGGAGGGAGGAACAUGUUUGCACUCGAUGUCCCUGCUCCCAGCCCCUUGCCCACCAGGUCCAGGAUCAGCUGGUUGGAUUUUGCAACUAAUUGUUCUUUUCCUGCCUUCUCUCCUCCCCAGGACCCCCCUUCUUGCCCUUUGAAUUUCAUGUGGUCAAAGUUCUGGGGCCCAGAUUCUGGGGGUCCCAGGAACUGCUCCCUCUGUUCCCACACCCUCUCUCCAGCUUUGCUGUUUCUCUGCUACCUAAUCUCAGUGACCGAGAAGGACUUUGUGUCCGAGCCAUGGCCCCAGGCCGGCCCCCUGCCCCACCCCCUUCUCCUGUUUGGAUGGCCGUCUCCCUGCUGAGUGACCGCUGCUGCAACACCUCCAGGGUGUCGGGUAUUCUGGUGGGAGGCUGUGGUGGGUUCCGGUGAGCUGCACUUCCCGGCACCCGGCUGGUCUGGCAGAGGCCAGGCCUGUUCCGGUCCGGCUGCCAGCCGCACUCACCCCGGGACAGAUGUCCUCUUCCCGACACUUGGUGCCAGCACUUGUGCUCAGGGCGUCAGCCCCUUCCUUCUGGUGUGUUUUUCUUGAGUCCUUUUACUUACUUCCCUUGCCUCAUUCACAAAAAGAAAUGCCCCGAAAGUUUCAUUUUUCUUGUUUUCUAGGAACACCUGUAGCGCGGGGUCCAACCAGAGAUGCUGUGGUGUGUCUAGCGUCCCCGGGCCCGUGCCCGCGCCCGCCGUGCCGGUCACGGAGGAGAAGAAGCUGGGCUCGGGUCCCGGGCUGCCCGCCUCUAACGUUGGGCAGGUCAGGCCGUCCUCCCCUGAGCCUCGGACUCCUUAUCUUUUUGGAAAGGGCUUGGGCCAGACCUUCUCUAAGAACGGCUCCGAGUCCAUGAGUUUUUGUGGAAGAGAGCGAGCUGGCAGUCAGAGCCUGGAGGACGGAAGUGGCACCUCACUGGCAUUUAUCACGUUCUUUUCUCCUUCUCUUUUUAAAAAUAAAACCAGCUUCUGUUCUGAAAAUAAAAAACUUGAGACUUGU